AUGGCGUUUUCAACAGCGUCCCCCUAUGAGGAAUCAAAUGUGUCCUGCGAGAUCGGCACUGGUGCAAGCCUUGUUCUGACUGCCAGUGCCUCGGAUCUAGUGGUCCCUGUCGCCGAGGAAUAUCAUGUCCAGGAAUAUCUGUCCAAGCGUACGGCGCUUCUGGCAGAAGAGAAGAUGCUUAGGCACGACUUUGCAUUUAAGUUGUCGAUGUCUCCCAAAGUGCACCAAGCCGCAGCAAUCGUAUCGCGCAUCCGUGCCCAAGAGAUCCAGAACUUGCGUCUCAAUUCUGUCGAGGGGUCUCGCCUUCAGAUGAUGACCACGCAGCUAUACCAGCGAAUACAGGACAUGCCCAAGGGGGCAUUAUUGCAUGCCCCUUUGGAACAAAUGGUGGAAGUGGACUGGCUUAUUGAUCGCAUGUUCACUGAGAAUGACUCCGGCAAUGCUGCGUCAUGUAUGGUGAUCUUCUUACCCAAUGCGGAUCGCCAAGAACAACAACAUCCGUCUAUUGCAUUGAGAUUUCUCGGCCCAGAUACGCUUCGGAAACUACCCAUCUGUUUUGCUUCGGAAUCUGUAUGGACUGAGACUCGUGAUAAGCUAGUUCUCUGCCCACUGAAAGAGGCUGCCCAGUACUUUCCUUGCGGCGGACAGACCGGGUUCAAAGCAUUCCUCCAGCAAACCUGGGAAAGUACCCUCACCACCCGUGCAGAUUCCGCUCCAGGAUCUGCAGCCUCUUGUUCUUUCCUCUCUAUCCUGCUGUAUGACCCGAUCCUACGCACAGCAGUGAGGUAUGUGUCUCAAAAGCUUCGUCAAGCGCAUUUCAGCUACGCAGAGCUCCGAUUGACUCUCCCAAAUGAUGACCUUUGCUCGGACGUGGACAACCCAGUCCAUUGGCACCGCAUCUGCCAUAUCAUCCAGGAAGAAAUUGACAUCAGUCAACGAGAUCCCACUACGCCUUUGAUUCGUCUCAUCUGGACCUCCCCUCUGAAUCCAAACAGUGAGAACAUCCGCAAGGGCAUGGAACACUGCAUGCUCGCCAAAAAGUCAUUCCCACGUUUGAUAUGCGGGUACGAUUUCGUUCAGCGUCAGCACAGUCAGCCCUUGCUGGAUUUACUGCCGCUGAUCCUCGGAUUCCAGCAAAUGACGCACAGCGAGCGCGUGAACAUUCCACUGGGUUUCGAUGUUGGGGGAUGUCUGAGACGAUGGCUGCGUUGA